CUUGUUUGUUAUUUAAAUGCAUGUAAAGAUUUAAAUGAAAUUAAAGCACGUUCAAUAUUAUCGAAAAUAUUCUAUUUACUUUCACGUGAUAAUGAAAAUGAUAAUAAUAAUAAAUUAUCUAUAUGUAUUGAACGUUAUUUAUCUUUAAUACCUGUACAACAUUGGUUAUUUUGGUUGCCACAAAUAUUAAAUAAAUUGAUACGUAAUGAAUCUAGUCAAUGUAUGUUUGCUAUUUUAACUGAAUUAAUACGUUUAUAUCCGCAAGCUGUUUAUAUUCAAAUAAAAAAGAAUUAUAAAAAAUUAAUCGAAAAUAAUCAAGAAGAAAAACAAAUUCCAGAAACACCAACAACACCUACAAUUGAAAAUACUUUAAACUUACCAACAAUUUCAAUUAGACAACAAGCUAUUAAUAAUUUAAAACGUUUAGAACAAAUUUUACUUGAACAACAUCCAACUAUAGUACGAACAUUAGAUAUUAUUAUUGAACAAUUACAUACUAUAAAUGAAAUAUUUUUUGAAUAUAUGAAUAAACGUUUAUAUGAAUGUCAAAGAAAAAUUUAUCAAGAUUUAUUUGAAAAUAGAAAAAUUUUAUCUAAUGAUAUUAAAUUAAUUAUUCAACAUUUAAAAGAUCUAUUAAAUAAUGAUGAAAAAGAAUUUCAACAUAUGAAAUAA